GAAGUGCUGGCACCACAAGGCUGUGCAGAGGAAGGAGGAAGGAGAUGUGAUGCUGAUGCCUAUCCAUGCAAGGAGAGGCGUGCAAGGGAGAAAUCAGGGGAUCUGCAUUGAAGAUGGGUGUAACCAGUGGAAGAUUCUGGAGUAGAUGGGCAGAUGAACACAUAUUGCUGUUGGCUGUCAUCAGUUGGGGGCUCCUGUUUCUUGCAGAUGUGGAGGCCUGGACGUACCACUAUGGGGAUAAAUCAGACCUGACUUGGGAAGAAGCAAGGAUUUUUUGCCAGACCUGGUUUACUGACCUGGUAGCAAUCCAAAACCAAGAAGAAAUUGCCUAUCUCAAUGCUGUUGUGCCUUACUAUACAAAAUACUACUGGAUUGGGAUCCGCAAGAUUAACAACACUUGGACUUGGGUGGGAACCAACAAGAUCCUGACAAAGGAGGCUGAAAACUGGGCUUACCGAGAACCUAACAACAAAAGAGACAACCAAGACUGUGUUGAGAUUUAUAUUAAGAGAGAUCGGGAGGCUGGAAAGUGGAAUGAUGAACCUUGUAUUAAGAAAAAGCGGGCAUUAUGCUACCAAGCUUCUUGUUACCCUUCUUCCUGCAGUGAGCAGGGUGAGUGUGUGGAGACCAUUGGGAACUAUACCUGUCAAUGUUAUCCUGGCUUCUUUGGCCCUGAAUGUGAAUAUGUGAGGCAAUGUCAGGAAAUUGAGUCACCCAGAAAAGGAACAAUGGAUUGUGUAAACCCAAUUGGUGACUUUGCUUACAGCUCCACAUGCAGUUUUUCUUGUGACCCCGGCUUUCAGCUCAUUGGCGCCAAUAAUUUACAGUGCAGUGCAUCUGGCCAGUGGAGCUCCCAUGUACCCUUCUGUCAAGCUGUUCAGUGCAAGCCUCUGCAAUUUCCUACUCAUGGAAACAGCACCUGCUUCCAUAUUCAUGGGGAAUUUCAGUACCAGUCCAACUGCACUUUCCACUGCAAUGAGGGAUUUCUUUUACUUGGAGAAGAAAUGAUUCGGUGUACAGCACAGGGAGAAUGGACGAGUGCAAUCCCAGUUUGCCAAGCUAUUGAAUGUCCCAAACUGAAUAGUCCUAAGAAUGGAGAAUUGAAAUGUUCUCAUCUAUAUGGAGACUUCGAUUAUAGUUCCAAGUGUACCUUCUCGUGUAAUAAAGGAUUUGUUCGAAUUGGAAUGGAGCCGGUUCAGUGCACAGCCCUGGGCGUGGACCAGGAAACACCCUUGUGUGAAGCCAUACAGUGUCACAGUCUGCAGAGGCCUGAGAAAAGUCGAUGGGACUGCUCUCAUCCCCUUGGAGUCUUUGCUUUCCAUCCACCUGUGCAUUUGCCUGUGAGCCCGCGUUGCCUUAACUGGACAAAGGCAACCCACUGCUUAGCAACUGGGAACUGGAGUGCUCCCAUACCUAUAUGUCAGGCUAUCCAAUGCCCAGCUCUGGAAAUGCCAGACAAUGGUAAGGGAAACUGCUCUCAUCCCUAUGGACAAUUUGCAUAUAAUUCCAGCUGCAUCUUCUCCUGCAACUCUGGCUUUCAGUUAAUUGGAGCACAGAAACUGAAAUGCAUGGAUGAGGGGAAAUGGACAGGAGACGUGCCCAUCUGUGAAGCUUCCAAGUGCCCAGUGCUCCAUGCUCCAGUAAAUGGACAGUUAAACUGCUCUCAUCCUCAUGGACACUUUGCGUACAAUUCUACAUGUGCCUUCUCUUGUAAUACGGGAUUUGUACAAGUUGGAUUGGAGGUGCUUAAUUGUAUGGACCUGGGAGAGUGGACAGGAUCAGUACCAGUCUGUGAAGUUUCCAUUUAUCUUUCUUGGUGA